UGAUUCCGCGCGCUUUGAAUUGACUGAAUCUUGUUAGAGACUGAUUUGCAUCAUGCAGUUUUCAUCCCUCAUUACCAUAUUUAUAUUUUUCGUGAUCUCUGAAGUUAGUUGUAAAGGUCGGUGCUACCAAGGUUUGUGUGCAAAAGGUAAACCUUAUUCGAAAGAAAACGACAGAUUAGUAAAGAGAUUAGUAAAUAAGCACAUUUCCAACAUCAAGUUCAACGUAUCAGUUCUUGUCGAACCUGAYAACAGUGAUAACAGUGAAGUGCUUACUAAAUCACCACUUUAUAAUAAAUACGAAAAUUUGUGUGAUACACGAAAGAUAACUCAUAUACCAGAAUAUUACAAAAACGAUACAAGCAUCAAAAUAGUACAAGUUCCAAAAUACCGCCAAAAGUUUACUUUUGAAGUUUGUGCAAAAAAUUCUGGCCCGUGUCACCACAAGGAAAGCUUUGAUACAGAAACAUCUUGUAGACAAUUAUACCAAAAAGUCAGACUUUUGAUCGUUAAGAAUAAUACCACACUCGAAUUUAAAAUGUUUARAAUGCCCAGCACGUGUGUCUGUACUAUGCGUAAAACCUACCUUUAUGGUGGUAAAAAUUAUGUGUAGUUUUAAAAAUCAUUCAUUACAUCACUGUAUAGAGUUUAUUGUUAAAAUAAAAG